GAGAGAGAGAGAGAGAGAGAGAGAGAGAGAGAGAGAGAGAGAGAAAGAUGGAAUUGAGGAAGAACUGAAGAAGUUUAUAUGAAGUGUGUGAAUAGGAGGGACUUUGAACUUGAUUUGGAAGUGAUGUAUCUGAGAUUUUUUAGAAGACUAGCUUUUUACGCGCCAUUUGAUUGA